UUUCGGUUAAAAAAACAUACUUUAAAUCCCUAAUGUGAACAUCCAACCAUUGAUUUGAAUCUCAUCCCCACCGCUGCCUCCGCCGGCGCCACUCUCAUUUUCACCGUUAACCUCCGUCGCUUUCAUCCAGAACCAGUUCGCGCCACCUUCUCUCUCUCAAACUUCGCAGUCUCGCGUUGCUCACCACUGAUUGAAUUAAGUUAGUAAAUGGCGUCAAGCUUGCAAAAAAUCGAAGUGGAUGAGUCUGUCCUUUUGCGCGUUACUCAUUCUAAUCUCAAAACUUUCAACUCUGACAUUCGCUUCUCCCUUCAGCUUACGGUGGAGGCAAUGAAGGAGAAGCUGUGGAAAAAAAGUGGUACUUCCGUUAACUCAAUGCACCUCGAACUAUAUGACGAUGCUCGCAACAAAAUCGCUGAUCUCACUGAUGAUUCCAAACUGCUUGGAUUCUAUUCUCCCUAUGAUGGGUUUCGUUUGCAUGUCAUUGAUCUUGAUCCAGCGUCUGUUACAUCUGGUGGAUGGCUGGAAGAUACUUCAUUGGUGGAAAAAUUCGAAAUUUCUGAAGAAGCCUAUAAUAAGCGAGGAGACACUUUCAGAAAAUAUAAGGAGAAAUUGACUUCUCAAGUUCCUUCAACCGUUGAGGCAAAAACACCAGAUACUGACAUCGAAGACCUCUGCGCUAAUAUCAAGGUAGGAUCAAGAUGUGAAGUUGAGCCUGGGGCAAAAAGGGGUGUUGUAAAAUUUGUUGGUCGAGCUGAACCACUGGGUCCUGGUUUCUGGGUUGGAGUUCAGUAUGAUGAACCCUUGGGCAAACAUGAUGGCAUGGUCAAAGGAGUACGAUACUUCCAAUGUCCUCCAUCUCACGGGGGAAUAGUUAGGCCGGAGAAAGUGAAGGUUGGUGACUACCCUGAACGAGAUCCCUUCGAAGAGGAUGAAAUUUGAGCUGCUUUUAGGUGUGCAUGAUUUUUCUCCUGUUGUAGAAUUCCAAAAUUAAUUUGGGACACUUAUAUUUGUUAGCCUUUCAAAGUAGUCAAAGAUAGUCGAUUGCGGUUUUCUGACUGUUAGUAUUUGUACUACAUUUUGUAGAAAGAAAACAAUAUAGGAAAAAAUUGUGAACUUUUUUUCAUGGGUGAACGAGAGCUAUGAUGGAAACAGCCACCAGAACUACUAUAAUAGCCUUGAUAUUUGAAAGUGAAUGAUAUUGUAACUUCAUUUUAA